UCAUAGAUUUACCUUCUACAUCAGACAAAAAUAAAGGUAUGUUAGCACCGAAAAUAUAUUAAAAAAACGUUCGAAACAACUUCUUUAUCUACGUACAGUUAUGUGCAAUUACAAUGUGUGUACCUGAAACUAGCCAGAAUGUCAAGUCAUCGUAAUGAACAAAUACACAACCUGGAAGAUCUGGUGCAAAGAGUAAGCAAGGAGCUUUCACUUUCGGGGGAUUGCAAGAGGAAAGCCCAGGAACAGUAUAAGUCACUGAAAUCAAAUGGUGUACCCAGGUUAAAGGAAAAGUAUAAGGAGCUAGAGGAGGUUGUUAAAAUGGCAGAAACUUAUGACAUCGCGGGUUCUAAAGAAGCACGUGUCGAGUUUGAAAGUUUACUGCAAAGCAGAACAGGCCAAGAGCAUCAGCAGGGACCCAAACAUUUCGCUCAAACUUUACCGUCGGGGAAUUCAGCACAGAAGCAAGAGUUUUCAAAGACUUUCGCAGGACCAGUGAGUACGAAGUCAGCAGACGACAGUCACCAGAAAAGAUCCAGUUCUCCUACUCGGGCAGACGGCACGAUCACUGUGUCUGCUCUGGAGUACAAACGAUUGGUGGAAUCUGAGAAAAUGAAUAAGGCUAAAGUAGAAGAACUGACGACAAGAUUGAGCAGUUAUGUAAGUAAACAACUCAAGGAUGGUAACCCGAAUAUAGCCGAUUUAAGCGACAAAAAUCGACCGACAAAACUAGGAGAAAAGUUUGAACAGCUGUACGACAAUGAAUGGUCGGAUGCUUUCGAGAUUCUGAAAAGUACCCUCAAAGACGAAGAUAAAGUAGUACAGAUUUUGGUUGAUAUUACUCAGAAAGUACACGAGUUUUGUUGUGAUUUUGCUCCACAACAGUUGGAUAGAUUGGAGUCGUAUUGUAUGGUUCCAAUGCAAAACAUUAAAUGGAAAGUUCAAAGUAACAAUGGGGAUCAGGAUUUGUAUGUACACAGAAAUUCUGAGGACAAAACAGCAUUUUUUGAGCUAUCAAAGUUCAUGAAAGACUGUAGAAAAUCAUGUGCAACAGCAUCAAUCCCUGCUUUACGAGUGAUGUUUAAAGAUUAUGUUUACAAGGAACACUUCACUAAUAUAACACUGGCAACUCCAAUAGAAAUCUUUAUAGACAAGUGUGUAGAAAUCAUCUGGCUGAUGUCUGUUCAGGACCCUCCUAUGGAUUUAAGGUACCCCACCCCUGGGGAAAAGUUAGACACUUCCUCUUUUAAACAUUACAGGAAGAAAGGGACCGUAGUCCAACAGUGUGUCUGGCCAGCGGUUUAUCUACACAAGGACGGUCCUGUUGUCUCCAAAGGCUUCGCUCUUCCUCAAUAAUAUUUGUGCUUGGCACAUUGUGCUUUUUCGCAUUUAACUUUAUGAAUAGUAUUUAUUGUACUGUAUAGACUGACUUUAAAUUGCAUGCAGACAGAAA